ACAAACUAAUCCAGCAUGGCUUCCAUUUGCGCGGAGAAACCUUCGAAUCCUGACAACCCUAUUGUUUUCUUCGAUAUCCAGAUAGGAACAGUAGAAGCAGGCAGAGUAAAAUUUGAACUGUUUGCUGAUAAAGUGCCUCAGACCGCAGAAAAUUUUAGGAAAUUUUGUACUGGGGAACACAAGAGAGAUGGAGUCCCUUUAGGAUAUAAAGGAUCCAGUUUCCAUAGAGUCAUCAAAGAUUUCAUGGUUCAAGGAGGAGACUUUCUAAAUAAUGAUGGUACGGGGUUGAUGAGUAUAUACGGUGGUCCAUUUGCUGAUGAAAGUUUCGUUAUGAGGCACACCGGUCCAGGGAUGCUCAGUAUGGCCAACAGUGGCAAAGAUACAAAUGGCUGUCAGUUUUUUAUUACCUGUGCAAAAUGCGAUUUUCUUGAUGGGAAACAUGUGGUGUUUGGAAAGGUUGUUGAUGGACUUUUGGUGCUUAGAAAAAUUGAAAAUGUUCCAACAGGGCCUAACAACAAACCCAAACUUCCGGUGCUUGUUUCAGAAUGCGGGGAAAUGUGAUAUCAACAAGAUACAUGUAAGACUCUUCUCGCUAUGGAGGACUUCAAACUACGAACUACGGUGCCUUGGAAAUCUGGACAUUUUGGAAUGUGUAUUUGCGAAAUCUGGAAUCUGUUAGACCCAAGGCAUUUUGGAAUAUGUAUUUGUGAAAUCUGGAAUCUGUUAGGCCCCAGAUAUUUUGGAACAUGUAUUUGCCGAGACCGGUAUUCACAUAGCAACAGUACCCAACAGUGAUGAACUCAACUGAAUUUAGAGUGGUUCAGUACCAAGAGAAAAUGGACAUUGUAGUUCUUCAGUUGAAGAAGUCCGAGGAAUGGAUGUUAUAGGUAUUUGGUCAAAGAAGUCGGGGUUUGACAAAUCCACUAGCCCUUGAACCCUUGUGAAUUUUUGGUCUGGGCUAGUGGAAAUUAUCCACUGUAUUACUAUAAUACAUGGGGCACUAGCCAAAGGUUCUGUGAGGGCUACAGACUUUCUCAAGCAUUUGUCGAACACUGGAAGUCUGCAGUGGCCAAAUUCAAGACAUUUUGGUCUCAUUUUGUAAAAGAUCCAAGUGUCAUGUUGAUGUGUGUCCAAGCCAAAGUAGUUUACAAAAACUACUGCCUGACACUAACUGACCAAUUCUAUCUAGUAUAAUGGGUGUUGGAAAUGGAGAAUACUACAGAAAGUUUGAUAUCAUUCAUUAUUAAGCAACUUGUAAGAUAAAUGGUAUCUCAACGGACACAAUUGUAGUAUUGCAUUUCUUAUAUAUCCUCAAAAGCAGGUUUAAGCUAAAUUGAAACAUCUAUUUCAACUACAACCUGUGGCCUAUACUUGAGGAGGCCUGCAGUUAACGUGUAUCAUGGAGCAAUCAGUUUCAAUGUUAUUUCACCGGAAUAUUACAUAGGAAUUCUAUGGGC